GUCCCCCUGUGGAGGUUGGCGUCACAAUGUAUGUCCUCAGUAUCAGUUCGGUUUCGGAAGUGCUCAUGGACUUUACAUUGGAUUUUUACUUUCGUCAAUUUUGGACCGAUCCUCGUUUAGCGUAUAGAAAACGGCCUGGUGUAGAAACACUAUCGGUUGGAUCUGAGUUCAUAAAAAACAUUUGGGUACCUGACACCUUUUUUGUGAAUGAAAAACAAUCAUAUUUUCAUAUUGCAACAACAAGUAAUGAAUUCAUACGUGUUCAUCAUUCUGGAUCAAUAACACGAAGUAUUAGAUUGACUAUUACCGCUUCGUGUCCAAUGAAUCUUCAAUAUUUUCCUAUGGAUCGGCAGUUGUGCCACAUAGAAAUCGAAAGCUGUAAGUAAUAUUUCUUUUGCUAUUCAAAAUACAUACAAACAUAAAUAUGUGUAUAACUGCAUACUUUAAACGUAAAUAAGAUUUUCGUAAUUUAAGACCUAAAUAGAAAUUAGUGCUUAGUUUAGUUUAUAGUCAUAAAAAUUUAUUUGUAUAUUUAGUGUGUACAUAGGCUUAGAUUUUGCGAUAGGAUAGGAUAAGUAUCGUCAUGAAAUGAAAGUGAUUUGAAAUAGUUUUAAGAAAAAUUGAUUACACUGAAUAAAAAAUAUAAUGAAUUUAUAUGAGGCGUCAAAAUAAUUGCUAAGUAGUCGGCACUUUUGUAAAAAAUAUGUCAAUUUAUUUGGUUAUGUUUGCUACUAAUGCUAAAAAGAUUGCAACACCCGUAUUAAGUGCUUAAGUGCUAGGAACUGCAGGUAUAAUAUUUAAACAGCAACAAAAAAAAAAUACAUCUAAAUGAGCUUUACUUUCUAAGUUACAAAUUAAAAAAAAAGAAGAAAAUUUCUAUGAAAGCUUUCUACAGAUAGCUAGAAUUUUGGUUGUAGCGUGAAAGCUUAAUAUUUAGCGCUUUAUUUUGAACAUAUUGCUAGGGUAAUAUAUAUAUGUUUGAAAAGCUUAAACUACAAUUUCAUAUUGUAUU